CGGCAAAGUCGUUGCUCAGGCGGCGAAGAAAUUAAGAAACUGACAAAAUAUGGGAGUGCAAGGGCUUUGGGAGCUGCUCGCUCCCGUUGGUCGCCGCGUCUCUGUUGAAACCCUAGCCGGUAAACGAUUGGCCAUCGAUGCGAGUAUAUGGAUGGUACAGUUUAUAAAGGCGAUGCGGGACGAGAAGGGAGAUAUGGUGCAGAACGCUCACUUGAUCGGCUUUUUCCGGAGGAUUUGCAAGCUUCUGUUCCUGAAGACUAAACCGGUGUUCGUUUUUGACGGAGGCACUCCAGCAUUGAAACGCCGAACUGUGAUUGCUCGUCGUCGUCAGCGAGAGAACGCUCAGACGAAAAUCCGGAAAACCGCUGAGAAAUUGCUGCUUAAUCGGCUCAAGGAUAUGAGGCUUAAGGAACAAGCGAAAGAUCUUAAGAACCAAAGACUGCAGCAGAAUAUUAGUGCCGGAGAGAAGAAACGUGUAUCUUUCGAAUCUGUGCAAGAACCUUUGCGAGACUCUGCAAAGAAAGACGAUGUGGGGAGCAGUUGUUUUCAGGAGGAAAAGCUAGAUGACAUAUCUCCAGCAUCUAUGGUUGGAGAAAAUGGUGUUGAUAGUGUCAUCAAAGGGAACACGAGGUAUGAUCCCAAGGGAAAGGGAGUUUUGUUGGAUGGGGAUGGCCAAGAUAACAAAAUGAAGAGUAAUCUUGAACAAGAUUCCCCAGCACGGACGAAGGAGUAUCAGGAAAAGUUAGAUGAGAUAUUGGCGGCAUCCCUUGCAGCAGAAGAAGAUGGAAAUUUUACUAACAAAGCAUCGUCUUCAGCUGCAGAAAUCCCAACUGAGGAAGAGGGCAGUGAAGAAGAUGAGCAAAUUCUUUUGCCAGCAAUGGAUGGGAAUGUCGACCCAGCUGUUUUGGCGUCUCUUCCUCCAUCCAUGCAACUUGAUCUCCUUGUUCAGAUGAGAGAAAAAUUGAUGGCAGAAAACCGGCAAAAGUACCAAAAGGUCAAGAAGGCCCCUGGAAAAUUUUCUGAACUGCAAAUAGAAGCAUAUCUUAAAACUGUAGCUUUCCGUCGAGAAAUAAACGAAGUUCAGAGAACUGCUGGUGGAAGGGCUGUCGGUGGGGUUCAAACUUCUAGGAUAGCUUCUGAAGCGAAUAGAGAGUUUAUCUUCUCAUCUUCCUUUUCUGGUGAUAAAGAAUUACUUGCGUCUUCCAGAGAAGGAAGAAACGAUGAAAUUCAGAAAAAUACGCCACAACAGUCUUUGCCAGUCCCUGUUAAGCAUGUUUCUUCGCUGAAUAAAUCAGAUGCUACUACUGAGUUGGACAAAGAUGAACCCACAAAUCCUGAUGAAAAUAUUGAAGUAUAUAUCGAUGAAAGGGGGCGUUUAAGAAUAAGGAAUAGACACAUGGGGAUCCAAAUGACUCGUGAUAUCCAGAGGAAUUUACAUUUGAUGAAAGAAAAGGAGAGAACAGAUUUUGGUUCUAACAAUGAUGAAACAUUCAGCGCCUGGGAAAGUUUUCCUUCUGAGGACCAGUUUCUUGAAAAUUUACCUAAUAAGAACGGUGAUGAUGUGAAUUUGGAUGACCAGAAUGAUGAUUCCAUGCUGUUAAAUCCAUCUGCAAUAGAGAUAUCAUUUGAACAUGAUGGUGGUGGGAAAGAUCUCAGUGAUGACGAUGAUAUGUUUCUUCAGUUGGCAGCGGGAGGACCAGUGACGCUUAGUUCUAAAGAAAAUGAUCCUAAAGAAGAUUCUUUGUCUUGGGCUUCUGACAGUGAUUGGGAAGAAAUGCCUGCUGAACAGAGUAAUGUUGCCUCUAAGAUCGAAGUGAAUUCAAGCAGUCAGCAUAUCCCCGAGGAUAUUAGUACCGAGGAGGAUGCAGCAAGGGAAGGAAGUACUUGUAAAAAUGCCAGUAACUCCAUGGAGAAUGAUACAGUAACAAAGCUCUCCAAAGGCUAUCUGGAAGAAGAAGCUGAUCUGCAGGAGGCUAUCGAGAAAAGUCUUCUUGACUUACAUGAUAAAGAAUCCGGGGAUAUCCUUCUUGAAGAAAAUCAAACGGUAGGGGUAAACCUAGUUGUUGACAAGCCAACUCAAGAUAGUCUGUGUUCUAGUGAAACCGUUGGUAAAGCUGGGGAAGAGGGAAGUCUGGACGGAAUAACAAUCUUAAAAACUAGUGGUUCUAUACAUGAGCAGUCCAACACUUCUGUAACGGACAAUAUAGAUAAUCAGAGAGGGACAACCAAACAAUUUGGUACACACCCUUCUUUCAGCUCUGAUAAAAUUAGACGUGAUGGGAGCAACGAAAUGCCACUGGUAAAGUCAGUUAUCAUACCUGAGAAAGCAUUUACUAGUGCUAGUGAGAGCAGCAUGCCGUCCACCAUGGCUAAACAGCAUAAUGAAGACGGUUUUGUAAGUUUUGGUGGGGAAUCUGUGAACGUGUCUGCGAUACCUAUAGCUGAUGCGGAGAGAACUGGUUUUUUGGGUGAAACAUCUAUUCGCGGUAGUGUGGAAAAAGGUAAUGCUGAUGAUGACUUAAUCAUUAUGGAUAAUAAGAGAGAUUAUAGUAGAGAUAAACCCCAGAGCCCUGUUUCUGAAUCAAGGCAAGAAACUAAGUCUAACGACCCCGCUUUCAAUAUUGAGAGUUCAACGGAUUUAGAAGAGAAAGGCAUACCUGUUGAAUUUUCAGAAGCAAAUUUAGAGGAGGAAAUGCGUGUUCUCGACCAAGAAUAUGUAAGUUUAGGUGGUGAACAGAGGAAACUUGAGCGGAAUGCUGAAUCUGUCAGCAGUGAGAUGUUUGCAGAAUGCCAGGAGCUACUCCAAAUGUUUGGCUUACCAUACAUCAUAGCUCCCAUGGAGGCAGAGGCACAGUGUGCAUUUAUGGAACAAUCAGACCUUGUUGAUGGCAUUGUCACUGACGAUUCGGAUGUGUUCUUGUUUGGAGCUAGGAGUGUGUACAAAAAUAUAUUUGAUGAUCGCAAAUAUGUGGAGACAUACUUUAUGAAGGACAUUGAGAAGGAGCUUGGCUUGAGCAGAGAUAAAAUAAUCCGCAUGGCAAUGCUGCUAGGAAGUGAUUACACAGAAGGAAUCAGUGGAAUUGGUAUUGUCAACGCUAUUGAAGUGGUGACUGCGUUUCCCGAGGAGGAUGGGCUUCAGAAAUUUCGUGAAUGGGUUGAAUCACCUGACCCAACCAUUUUAGGAAGGACUGAUGCAAAAACAGGUUCGAACGUAAAGAAGCGUGGAUCUGACGCUGUGGAUAAUAAAGGGAGCAGCUCAGGUGUCUCGGCUGAUGACUCAGAAGAAAUAAAGAAAAUCUUCAUGGAUAAGCAUAGAAAGGUCAGCAAGAACUGGCAUAUUCCAUCUACUUUCCCUAGUGAAGCUGUUGCUUCAGCCUACUUAAAUCCACAAGUGGAUCGGUCAACCGAGCUUUUCUCAUGGGGCAAGCCUGAUCUUUCAGUUCUUAGAAAGCUAUGCUGGGAAAAGUUUGGUUGGAAUAGUAAGAAGACAGAUGAUCUGCUACUACCUGUCUUGAAGGAGUAUGAAAAACGCGAGACGCAACUUCGGAUGGAAGCUUUCUAUUCCUUCAGUGAAAGAUUUGCAAAGAUCCGUAGUAAAAGAAUUAAAAAGGCUGUCAAAGGAAUUGGCGGAGGUUUAUCAUCAGAAGUGAUUGAUAAUACUCUACAGGAAGGUCCAAGAAAUGAAAAUGAGAAAAGACCUGCUCCUCAUGAUACUGAAUAUAACACUUCAGAGAAAGAUUCAAACAUAGUCGAUGAGAAGGAGAAAAACAAAAGGAGUCGCUUAGAAAAACCAUCUAGUAGUAGUGGCAGAGGUAGAGCCCAGAAAAGAGGACGUGGAAGAGGAAGAGGAAGAGGAAGAGGAAGGGGCCGAAGAAACAUCCUCCCUGAGCUUUCAGACGGCAGUUCUGAUGAUGAUGAUGAUGAUAAGGUAGUUGAUUUGCAGGCUCCUCAUGAUGCAGAACCGGGCAGUUCUCAAAAAGUGCGAAGGUCAACACGAUCUCGGAAUCCUGUGAAGUACGAUGCGAAAGAAGAUGAUGAAUUGGACGAGUCAAGAAGCAAUGGAGAAUCCCCUAGCGAGAAAUUGGAAGAUGAUGAAUUCCUCAAAGACGAAGGCAGGGUAGGAAACGUCUCUGCGGAAAGAACAGAGAAUGAAACAACAACGAUCAACGAUUGUCCUUCUGAAGAUUAUAUCCAAAUGGGAGGUGGGUUCUGUGCAGAUGAAGCUGAGGUUGGAGAUGCUCAUUUGGAAGAUAAUGCUACAGAUGAUUACAGAGUGAUCGGUGGCGGAUUCUGUGUUGAUGAAGAUGAAACAUGUGAGGAAGAUGAUGCAAUGGAUGCGGAGCUGCUAAAGACGGAGAAUGAAGAACACAAAAACAAAGGUAAACGUGGAAAAGAUGACGAUGCAUCGUUGGAAGAGAAUGUUGAGAUUGAAAUUGGGAAUUCUUCAGCUGGAGGAUUAAGUGCUAUGCCUUUCUUGAAGAGAAAAAAGAGGAAGAGCUAA